UACACAUUUUAUAUUUAAAAAACAAAAAAAAAUCCUCUCUCGUUUCUUCUGAAACGGAAGAGAGGAAAAGAAAAAUUAAAAGGAAAAAAAAAAAUCAUUGCAAUUUCCUCCUCCUUCUCUCUGUCCCUGCAACAGUCGUUCAAAGAUCUAUAAACUUUCUCUCCUCAGGAUUUUAGGGUUUUUUUUCAUUUUCUACUGUAAACUCUAAAAUGCAUAAACUGGGCAGAGGCCAUCGGGACAAAGUCCAGCAGUUCAUGACUAUAACUGGAGCGAGUGAAAAACUUGCUCUUCAAGCUUUGAAGGCGAGUGAUUGGCAUCUUGAAGGAGCUUUUGAUUUUUUCUAUGGCCAGCAGUCUCAUAUUAAAAGUUAUACCAAUACUACACAUUUGGAAGAACUUUAUAAAAGAUAUAAAGAUCCUUACACGGAUAUGAUACUGGCUGAUGGUAUUACUCUUCUAUGCAACGACCUGCAGGUGGAUCCCCAAGAUAUCGUUAUGUUAGUUGUUUCAUGGCACAUGAAGGCCUCCACCAUGUGUGAAUAUUCCAAGGAGGAAUUUUUCACUGGGUUGCAGGCACUAGGGAUAGAUUCUUUGGAGAAGUUUCGUGAGAGGAUUCCAUUUAUGCGUUCUGAGCUGAAAGAUGAACAAAAAUUCCGUGAGAUAUAUAACUUUGCAUUUGGCUGGGCAAAAGAAAAGGGUCAGAAAUCUUUGGCAUUGGAUACUGCAAUCGGUAUGUGGCAGUUGCUGUUCGCUGAGAAGCAGUGGCCAUUGGUUGACCAUUGGUGCCAGUUUUUACAGGCUCGACAUAACAAAGCGAUCUCUCGGGACACAUGGUCUCAACUUUUGGAGUUUGCUAGAACGGUAGACCCUGCUCUAUUGAACUAUGAUGCCGAAGGUGCAUGGCCCUAUCUUAUAGAUGAAUUCGUGGAAUACUUGAAUGAGAAUGGCAUCAUUCAAAAUGGACAGUUCAAGUGAUUGGGGGAGCCAUAAAUGAUAAAAAAAGGACUGCUCAGUGCCGGCCACGGUUGAUAAUAUCGUGGAAUUUUUGCAAUCAAUCGUUAGUGUGGUCCGAAUUGUGAUGCCAAUGACGGAGGUAAGUGUUUGAUCUUUCUGAAAAAUAAGAUGCAAAAUACCUGGUGUGAUUUAAUUAUAUAUGGACUUUUAGUGACAAUUGGUACACAAGUCACAUUAUUUUUAGUUUCAUGGGAUUGUUAAUAUGGUUUGUGAAUUUUCUUUUUAAAUUAAUAGAUUGGGUUUGAUUA